CGGCAGCAACUUGCAGGUGGCCAAAAAGAUAUGGGGGCAAGAGCGAACGGCGUUUUUGGCAUCCUUCGGCCACCGUUGGCGGGGUGAAUGUGCCGCCGCAUACGAGUACUCGUACUUGCCCGCGCGGGGAUAUCGAAAAGUUAAAAAAAUAUUCUGCACCAGCAGUCAUUUUCUGUCACCUACAACAACAUUACAUCACCAUCACCAUCGCUCUCUAUCUCUCCCUCUUUCUCAAUACGUAGAGACUCUUAGGUAUUUUCCCAAUUCCAAAACGUCUCGCUUCUUCUCCUUCUCCUCCCUCUUCUACCGAUCCUCCUCUCUACCCCCCACCUGUACCCGCCGCCAGGUCAGACACGCAGCCAGUCUCAUACCAACUUUUCCCUGCGCAUCACGGUACUCUUUCACCUCAAAAUACUUAUACUCGGAUUUUCUAGGUACUACUAGAACUACCACUUCCAACAAGAUGUCAGAAAUCGCCCACCCCACCAUCAAGGGUAAGUCUAAACGACCAGCCCGCCGGGCAAAGCCUCUUCUUUCCCCCCCAGCACGAAAUCUCUUUUCUCUUGGUCAGCUCGGCGGCUUCGCUGCAGAUGCCGUUCUGCCAUCCAUCCCAACCUGAGCCACCGACAGACACCACCAUGCUAUCAUGGGGCGAGGCCUGAUCAAUCGUCUGAUUCGGUGUCCAUCUGCAGUCAUUCGCAUGGCCCGCCGAUCCAACCGAUACCCAAUAAUACUCCUCCUCUUUACCCGGCAUUUCUUAUUCCCAACACUCUCACAAUAGUUACGCUGACAAACGACAUUCUUCAGAUGGCUGGUUCCGCGAGAUUUCCGAGAUGUGGCCCGGUCAGGCAAUGACCCUCAAGGUCAACAACAUCAUCCACCACGAAAAGUCCCAAUACCAAGACGUCCUCAUCUUCGAAUCCAGCGACUACGGAACUGUCUUGGUUUUGGACAAUGUCAUUCAAUGCACCGAGCGAGAUGAAUUUGCUUACCAGGAGAUGAUUACCCAUUUGGCCAUGAACUCACACCCAGACCCAAAGAAAGUCCUUGUCAUUGGAGGAGGUGAUGGAGGAGUACUACGUGAAGUCAUCAAGCAUGACUGCGUUGAGGAGGCUAUCCUGUGCGACAUCGAUGAGGUGUGUGCUGACUCCUCGUGAUUGCCAUGCAUAUCUGACAUUAUCCAUUUAGGCUGUUAUUCGACUUUCCAAGCAAUACCUUCCAGGCAUGGCAGUCGGAUUCCAAGACCCAAGAGUCAAGGUACAUGUUGGAGAUGGAUUCAAAUUCUUGGAGGAGUACAAGAACGAGUUUGAUGUCAUCAUCACCGACUCAUCUGAUCCAGAAGGACCCGCAGAGAGUUUGUUCCAGAAGCCUUACUUUGAGCUACUUUUCGGCGCUCUUAAGGAGGGUGGAGUCAUUACCACACAAGGUUGUACGUUUUCCUUUAUUUGCGUGAAUUUGGUCGUUUUUUUGUUGUAGAUAUAUUUCCUUUGGUGGUUGUUUUACCCCUCAAUUACCCCGCAUUUCGGCAUCGCUUUUUGGGGGGUUUAUGACAGGUUUUGGCGUUGGCAUGGGCACUGGCAUUGGCGUUGGCGUUUGGCGUUCUCGUCUAUUCUUGUUUUGAUUUUCAACUCUUAUUUCAUUUAUUUGAAACACAUGCUAACUUAUACAGCCGAGAACCAAUGGCUUCAUCUCCCACUCAUCACCAAGUUGAAGAAGGAUUGCAAGGAGGUAUUCCCUAAUGUCGAGUACGCAUACACCACCAUUCCAACAUACCCAUCUGGUCAAAUCGGCUUCAUGGUUUGCUGCAAGGAUGCCAACCGAGAUACCAAGACUCCAUUGAGAACCUGGCCCGCUGAGAAAGAGGAGACCAUCAACCGUUAUUACAAUGCCGCUAUCCACAAGGCAAGCUUCGUCCUUCCAAAUUUUGCUAGAGCUGCCUUGAGAUGA